AUGCAAAGCAGAGACCCAGACGCUCCAGUGAGUCGAGUGGUCGUCACAUCGGAGACUGUUGUUCCAGAAGCUCCGUCCCCAAUUCCACCGCCAGCACAGUUCGAAGAGGUCAGACGAGUCGCCGUUUCGCCUCCACUUCCUUCAAAAAAAAUGACUGACGCUGAAAAUCCGUUCCGACCGGAGGAGAUACUGUACCAUGAGGUGGAUCCGAUUGUCGAGCAGUACCUCCAUAAGCCAUUCCCGCCAAGCAGACCCGGCUCUGCUCAGAAUACGCCCACCAAACAGCAACACUUUUCACAGGCAAGCACUCCACCACCAACUACCAACGAGUCCCCAUUGUACCUCCAAAACGGACUGAGCAAAGAACAGUUGGUACAGAACGAGAAAAACGAGGCGAACCAUUCGGAGCCACUACUUGCCGAGCAUAAUCGCACCGAAGAAUACGUCGAAGAGUUGCCACCAGCAGGAAAAGUCGAGUUAAUACACGUGAAGAAGAAGAAGUGCGGAUGUUGCUCAGUACAGUAA